AUGCCAAAAUUAGGACCGAACACCGAUAAAUCUUCAUAUCUGCCUUCACUUCCUCGUGAAAUUCUUGGUAAAGUGAGACGAAUCACUUUACACCUUUCACAUUCUACAGGAAUGGGUGUUUCAGUUACAGGAGGUUUAGAGCAUGGCGUUCCUAUAAUUAUUAGUGAAAUACAUUCAGGCCAACUGGCAGAACGCGUUGGUGGUAUUUAUGUUGGAGAUGCUAUUUUGGCUGUAAAUGGCAUUGAUCUCCGAGAUAAAAGACACUCGCACGCAGUUCAAAUUUUGUCCACUCAAACGGUAUGA